UGUGCCAAUAUAUUAAACAUGAAUAAGUUCAAUAUAUUGCAUGAAUAUUUUACAAUCUUAUUUUUAGCAGUAUUCAAAUUUCUCAGAGGGCGCAGAUACAGUUUUCUGCAUUUCCUUUCGUCGUCGACAACCAUGACGAAAGUUAGGUUAUGUUAGGUUAACUUUUCAGUUGUCAACUUCAAGCAUGUGAUAAGUAUGAAAAGAUCCCAAAUGCAUAACAGAAAUACGGAAACUAUGUUAUAUUUACAUGACUGGAGACAAGCAUUGCGUGCUCCUAGGGUCUAUAGAGUUGCCAAUAGUACUUUUCGUAUACAAAGUCAGUACUUAGCUUUAAUUUUCUUACUGUUAACCGUCCCUCUGUUUUUAUUUGGAUUCCCCUUGUUGCGGGGAAUUGUACGUCCUGCGCCAUCGAAUCAGUUCUUGACGCAAUGUCGAUAUUAUAAAUACAAUAAAACGUACCCUUUGUCAGCACCGUACAAGACUUCAAAGGGUGUUACCUAUAGAAUAGCAAUAGUAAGUGAUCUCGAUCAUAACUCCAAAAGCUUAGAUAAAAAGAACAUGUGGCAGAGCAUUAUGAAAACUGGAAGUCUCUUUUGGAACCCUAGCACGAACUUAAUUUCAAUCCUUUGGGAUGAUAGAAAUCAGAUAUUAACGUCAUCUUUAACGAUGAAAGGACGUGGCAUGGAAUUGUCCGAAUUGGUCACGUUUGAUGGACGCUUACUGUCUUUCGAUGAUCGUACAGGAGUUGUGUACUUCAUUGAAGGAGAAGAAGCUUAUCCAUGGGUCAUACUAAUGGAUGGUAAUGGCAAAAAUUCUAAAGGAUUUAAAUCAGAAUGGGCAACCGUUAAAGAUGAACAUUUAUAUGUUGGCAGUAUGGGCAAAGAAUGGACUACUCCUUCUGGAGAAUACGAGCACAGUAAUCCACUCUGGGUCAAAGUAGUAUCAUCCCGUGGUGAAAUCGAAUCUUUGAAUUGGAUUUCAAAUUACAAAAGAUUACGACAAGCAGUUAACAUAGAAUAUCCAGGUUACAUGAUUCAUGAAUCAGGAGCUUGGAGUGACAUACACAAAAAGUGGUUCUUCUUGCCAAGAAGGUGUUCUCAAGAGCGUUACAACGAAACUAGAGAUGAAACUAUGAGUUGUAAUAUACUGCUAACUGCAGAUGAGAAUUUUGUAGAUAUUAAGGUUACUAAAGUUGGUAACCUUGUUCCGGUCAGAGGCUUCUCCAGCUUCAAGUUCCUACCAGGUUCCGAAGACACAAUCAUUGUCGCUCUGAAAACUGAAGAGUAUCAAGGACAAACCGCAACCUACAUUGUGGCAUUUACAAUAGAGGGACAUAUAAUAAUGCCCGAAGCAAAAGUGAUAGACAAGAAAUUUGAAGGCUUAGAGUUUAUAUGACAUUCCGUCUAGGAAUAAACUAUUAAAUUAAACGAAUUGUAAAUAUAUGUACAGAUUUUUUAACUUCAUACUGUUAAGAAAUUUUAACCGUGUAAAUCAUGUUAUAUAGUUCGUUUUCAAACCUACAGUAUUCUGGCGAGAAAUGCGCCUAUGCUUUCAAAGCACAUACCAUAUGUAAAUGAAUAUGUAAAUGCUUUCUAAAAUCUGACAUUGUAAAUGUAUAAAAUAAAGAUCUUUCAAGCAAAAACAGUAUUACAGAAUGCAACAGAA